AUGUCUAAUCCAAAUCCGGCGGCAUACACUAAUGGCAUGAAUCUUGCUAACGGAUUAGUAAAUAUGCCCAAUCCCCCUAGAGGUAUAACACCGAUGCUGGCUAUGGGUCAAGCGCAAGCAUACAACUUAAGCAACAUAAACCUUGGAUUUCCCACAAUGGUUCCAAAUAUGACUAACAUAAAUGGUACCAGAUUACCAGGUCAAGUAAUGACACUAGCACAAAAUCCUUCACCGCCCAUGUCAUUUUUCCAUGUAAACUUUGAAUCUGGCGUCACAUCAAUACAACUGACGAUGAAUAAUGUCAAAGAGUUUAUGGGACAGAUGGGACAGAUGCCCCAUCCUAGCGCAAUAGUAGAAGCAAAAGCCUCAAUGAUAUAUGACUACGAAGACGGAUCGAGGGUUGUGGCCACGGGGAAGCUCAAAGUGAAAUUUAAUAUGAACAUCAAGAUAGAGUUAUUUGAAUUUAUGACAGAAAAACACACAGAAUAUGUACCACGUCACAGUAAUAUAUCGAGCGAUAGCCCGAUUGGCGAAUAUGGCAUACCGGUGAAAACGUUGAGAAGUCUCGAGGUUGCCGAAGGUGUUGUGUCACUAAACGAACUAAUAACGCUCGCCAUAUCUUCGAAUAAAGGGCCCCUAGAAGUAUUAUCUGUGGUGGCAAAUCCGGAUCAACAGGCACAAACGAUGAUAAAUCAACCGAACCAAAAUACUCCCCCCACACCCGGACCGUCACCACCCGAACCAACGGCAAAAACCCCCAAAGAAAAAACCGAAAAUACCACGUCGGAUAACUCACAGACGUCCACUUCCAAUGACGUUACAGUUUCGUCACCCUCAACGUCAAACGUCAAUUUAAAAACAGAAUCGCCAACGACGAAACCAGCAUCUCCGCUUCAGAGUA